CAUCUCCAAUCUUGAUUGGUCGGAGGUCUAGUGGACGUAAAAGAGGAGGGGCUACGUUGAGGAUGAUUUCCGUUGUGUUUCACUUGACUGUACGUGACGAUUGACCGGAGUGUAUCAGCUUAGUGGCUGUUGAUGGACCAUCCCUAUGAAGAAACAGGGUUACAAUGGGACAGAGUACCUCCGAACAAGAGGGUCAAGGUCACAGCCAAGAGGACGGGUUUGAUAACAUCAAGACUUUUGUGGAGGAGGAACUACAAACGAGCAUGAUGGUGGGGAUGGUAAUUGGUGCAGGUAUCGCCAUAGUCCUCAUCGCCAUCCUGAUCUUUUUCAUCUUGCGGAGGAUCAAGCUUCGAAACUUAGAAGCUCAGGAGGCUCCCAAAUACCGCUUCCGCAAGAGAGACAAAGUGAUGUUCUAUGGGCGAAAGAUCAUGCGUAAAGUCUCCCAGUCUACCUCGUCCCUUGUGGGUACAUCCUCUUCUUCACGGCCACGCCUAAAGAAGAAGCAGAAGAUGCUCAACAUUGCCAAAAAGAUCCUGCGCUUUAAGAAGGAGGUUCCCACCCUUCAGGCUAAGGAGCCCCCUCCCUCAGUGCUGGAGGCAGACCUCACUGAAUUUGAUGUGGCCAAUUCCCACCUCCCCUCUGAGGUGCUCUACAUGCUUAAAAAUGUCCGGGUGCUGGGUCACUUUGAGAAGCCACUCUUCUUGGAGUUGUGCAAACACAUGGUGUUUUUGCAGUUCCAACAAGGGGAGUAUGUCUUCAGGCCAGGCCAGCCCGACAGCAGCAUCUAUGUUGUUCAGGAUGGAAAACUAGAAUUGUGCCUUACUGGAACGGAUGGCAAAGAAAAUGUGGUGAAAGAGGUUUACCCAGGAGACAGUGUGCAUAGCCUCCUGAGCAUUCUGGAUGUCAUCACAGGCCACCAGAAGCCUUAUAGAACAGUGUCAGCACGGGCUGCAGAGGUUUCCACUGUUCUCCGUUUGCCUGUAGAAGCCUUCCUGUCUAUAUUUGAGAAAUAUCCCGAGAGUCUAGUGCGAGUAGUACAGAUUAUCAUGGUUCGUCUCCAAAGAGUAACAGUGCUAGCCCUGCACAACUAUCUGGGGCUGACCAAUGAGCUCUUCAGUCAUGAAAUGCAUCCCUCACGUCUGCCACCGCAGUCACCCCACCCUACUCGCACCAGUCCUGUACGCCAUGGCAAACGCUUUGGCAGCCUGACGGUACCUGAGGAGCACCGAGAAGCAGCUGUUAAAGGUGAAACUCCAGGAGAACAAGGGAAGGAUGGAACAGUGCCAACUCUUAGCAGGACAAUCUCAAUGCCUGUGGACAUUGCUGGUGUACAGAAAAGUCUAAGAUCAGACUUUGACAUGGCGUAUGAAAGAGGACGGAUUUCUGUCUCGGCAGAGGAAAGCAACACUCCACCCACUUAUACUCGGUCCAUAUCACAGGAACAGCGUGAGAGGAGGGUGACAGUAGAUGAAGUUCCUUCAGGAAUCUAUCUGUAUCCAGAGGAAGAGCCAGUUGUGGACAAUCUUUUUACACCUGUGUCAAAUCGAUCCAGUGCCGCUCUCUUUGAGGAAGGUCAGAAGGAGGUCCUAAAGCUUAUGAGGAUUGAGGACCCAUCUCUGUUAAACGGCAGAGUGACUCUGCACCAUGCAAAAGCAGGAGGGGUGUUAGCAAGACAGGGAGACCAGGACGUGAGUUUGCACUUUGUCCUGUCUGGUUGUCUGCACGUCUACCAGCGGAUGAUCGGCAAGCAGGAGGAUGUCUGUCUGUUUGUCACCCAUCCAGGAGAGAUGGUGGGCCAGCUUGCUGUACUCACUGGAGAACCCCUUAUAUUUACCAUCAAGGCCGUGCGAGACUGUACUUAUUUGAAGAUCUCAAAGUCUGAGUUCUAUGAGAUCAUGAGGGAGCAGCCCAGCGUGGUGCUGAGUGCAGCCCACACGGUUGCAAUCCGGAUGUCUCCUUUUGUCAGGCAGAUGGACUUUGCCAUUGAUUGGAUGGCUGUAGAAGCUGGCAGAGCCCUCUACAGACAGGAUGACAAGUCAGACUGCACCUACAUUGUUCUGAAUGGACGUCUGCGUUCAGUCAUCCGCAAGGCGAAUGGCAAGAAAGAACUGGUGGGGGAAUAUGGUAGAGGAGAACUCAUUGGAGUGGUGGAGGCGCUGACCAAACAGCCAAGAGCCACAACGGUCCAUGCUGUGAGAGACACUGAGCUGGUUAAACUGCCCGAGGGAACCCUUAACAACAUCAAGCGACGCUAUCCACAGGUGGUGACAAGGUUGAUCCACUUGUUGGGUCAGAAGAUUCUGGGAAAUCUGCAGCAGGGUCGUGGGCCAUUCUCUGGUUCAGCCCUCAGUCUUCCCAGUAUGACAACAAGUGCUGAUGUCACCAACCCAGCAAGCAACCUCUCCACUGUCGCAGUGCUGCCCGUUUGUGAUGAAGUGCCAAUCAAUGCAUUCAACCUAGAGCUCAGCCAUGCGCUUAGUGCCAUUGGGCCUACAUUACUUUUAACCAGUGACAUAAUUAGAGAACGUCUGGGUGCUUCGGCUUUGGACAGUAUCCAUGAGUAUCGUCUAUCCGGCUGGCUGGCCCAGCAGGAGGACAUCAAUCGGAUUGUCCUCUACCAGACGGACAACAGCAUGACACCAUGGACACAGCGCUGCAUCCGACAGGCUGACUGCAUCCUCAUUGUUGGUCUUGGGGACCAGGAACCUACUCUAGGAGAAUUGGAGCAGAUGCUGGAAAACACAGCAGUGCGAGCUUUGAAACAGUUGAUCCUUUUGCACAGAGAAGAUGGACCUGGACCUUCCAGGACAGUCGAGUGGCUCAACAUGCGCAGCUGGUGCUCAGGGCAUCUUCACCUCAAGUGUCCCCGGAGGGUCUUCUCCAGACGAAGUCCCAGCAAACUGAGGGAGGUGUAUGAGAAGGUAUUUGAGAAAACGGCAGACAGACAUAGUGACUUCUCUCGGCUGGCCCGAGUCCUCACUGGAAACAGCAUUGCUCUCGUGCUUGGAGGUGGUGGUGCUAGAGGCUGCUCUCAUGUGGGUGUAAUUAAAGCUAUGGAGGAAGCAGGGAUUCCUAUUGACAUAGUGGGUGGGACCUCAAUUGGCUCUUUCAUCGGUGCCCUUUAUGCAGAAGAAAGGAGUGCUGUUAGAACAAAACAGAGAGCAAGAGAGUGGUCUAAGGCAAUGAAUUCGGUGUUUAAAACAGUUCUGGAUCUUACCUAUCCCAUCACCUCCAUGUUCUCUGGCUCUGCCUUUAACACCAGCAUCUAUAAAGUGUUUCAGGACAAGCAAAUAGAGGACCUGUGGCUGCCGUACUUCAACGUCACCACUGACAUCACGGCCUCAGCUAUGCGUGUUCAUCAGGAUGGUUGUGUCUGGCGCUAUGUUAGAGCCAGCGCCUCCUACACCCCCUAUUUACCUCCCCUGUGCGACCCCAAGGAUGGCCACUUGCUUGUGGAUGGUUGCUAUGUUAACAAUGUCCCAGCGGACAUUGCGAGGAACACGGGUGCCAGAACAGUCAUUGCCAUCGACGUGGGUAGUCAAGAUGAGACUGACUUGUGUAACUAUGGCGAUUGCCUGUCGGGCUGGUGGUUGCUGUGGAAACGGAUCAAUCCCUGGGCAGAGAAAGUAAAGGUGCCGGACAUGGCAGAGAUCCAGUCACGGUUGGCCUAUGUGUCAUGCGUGCGACAGUUAGAAGUGGUUAAGAAGAGUGCCUACUGUGAGUACAUCAGACCACCCAUCGACCGCUUCAAGACCAUGGACUUUGGCAAGUUUGAUGAGAUCUAUGAUGUGGGCUAUCAGCACGGCAAGUUAGUGUUCACUGGCUGGGCUCGGGGUGACAUCAUUGAGAACAUGCUGAAGGACCAUCGUUCAGCCGACUACAAUGACAGCAAGAGAACAGAUUCCUACACGUGUCCAGGAGCUGACUUCACUGAUCUUGCAGAGAUUGUAUCGAGGAUAGAGCCAGUCCAAAGCUACCUUGCUGCAGAAGCGGAGGAGUCGGACUGUCUGACAGAAUAUGAGGAAGAUGGAAUGGACACGGUAAGAGAGGAAGAAGGGGAGGAAGAGGAGGAUGAAGCAGAGUACCCUGAAGACCACUCUCCUGGGGAGUGGGGACAGAAUGGAGUUUUUCAGACGGAUGAGGAGAAAUCUGUGAGGCAACGUCGGAAACUUGCCAGUGACUCCAACACCUCUGAAGUCUCUGACUGCUGACAGUCGGCCACAAAGGAGUAGGAGGAUAAGACCAAGGGUCCACAAAUUUUCAGUGUUAGAGAUGUGGGCGUCACACUCAGCCCUUGCAUCUACUAAAAACUCACAAAGUUUUCUUUCUGGAGCAUAGCCACUUAUUGUCUAAACUGCUGAAUCGUCUUUGCAUCAAGUGACUUUCUCCUGAUUUAUGCGGUUUAAGAACAGGCUUUGAAAAUUUACCCCACCCAGAAUCUCUCUUCAGACACGUCAACUUUACCGUAAUUCCAACCAUAACAAAAACUGAGACUCUAAACUUCCAUUUCAGCAACUGAAAUCACCUGCAUGUUCCUUCUGUUUCUCUAAAUCUUUAUGUACAUCUUUAAUGUCAGCACACCUUCUCUGCACUGUGUCAUUGAUGAUUUGAAAUAUUACAUAGUCCUCAGUUCUCAUGUGUGCUUGUUCAGAUGAGUGUGUGUGGGUUACCUGUGUGUUGGAGUGACUGGUACUGAUGUGUAAAGCUGUGAAUUGUGGAAAUGGUAACUGGGCACUAAAAAGAAAAGUAAGGAGCAUAGACAGAGCUGUAAUUACUAAUAAUGUAAUUAUGUUAAGAUUAUCCUAGAUGCCAUGUAGAAAGUCAGUUAGGGAAUGCUACAGGAAGAAUGGCAAAUUGUUAUCACCAAAGUAGAGUGGUUGAAUGAGCAGAAAUAUUUGUGAAUUAAUGCAUUGGACGAGUUUCAAAAAUAAAUUAUUGAGUUAAAGGUGGGUGGAUGAUGGAACAUGGAGUGUGUGGUGAAAGUUAGGGAUGAAUGUGAGUGGACAACAUUUUGUCUGCGUGCUAAAAAUUGGCCGUGUGAGAUGAUGCCAGAUAAAGACGAUGCCUUUUCUACCAGAGUUCAACACACUUAAAAUGAGGAUGACUGUGGAGCUCUGCUCACGCAAGGUCACACGCACAGUACUCAGGGUUCCUGCGUAUGACUUGACAUUUAUGCCAAUAGUGUCCUCUGGCGAUAACAAGGUAUACAUGUGAGUGCAUUGCAAAUUGUCGAGUAAUGAUAAUCUCCAAAACAAGCCAACGUUGUCUAUAAAACCCUGAAAAAAAAUCAACAGAUUGUAUGUGGAUAAUACGCAGAAAUCCCGAGUAAUCCUAAACCUCUAAUGCACAGAAGUUCACCUAAUAUAAUAUUUAAUUCAUAUGGACCUCUUGUAGAAACUGUAACAAGAUUAUAUUAAAAUACACACAAUGUUAAUAUUAAUAUAUGUAUAUGAGGUGAGAAUUUGUAAGUUGAUGCUUUGCUGUAAACCAAGGGAACUUACACCGAAAAAAAGGGGGUUUGUCCUUGUAACAUCAGUUCAGUUAUUAUGGACAGUUGCCAGACUUGUUUUUGUUUUCUUUUAUUUAUACAUGUUAACUAAUUCAUUUUUAAACUUGGAGACAGGAUCGUAUGUUGUUUUAAUGAACUUGGCUUGAGCUCUUUGCACUGAAAUGUUUGAGUUUAUUCCUUUUCUCCGAAGAUGGUUGUUUUAAUGAUUGCCCUGAAACUUGAGAUGCCAAGGGAAUCUAAGGUAUAAAAAGAGGUUAAUAUUUAAUAUGCAUAUUGAAAAAUAAAUAUAAUAUGCAUCCAA